GAUCCCUCUGCACAAAGGGACAUCUCUGAGGAACACCCUGAAGGAGCAUGGACUGCUGGAGGACUUUCUGAGCAGACACCAGUCGGAGUUCAGUGAGAAGGACUCCAACACCGGGAUGGUGGCCAAUGAACCUCUGACCAACUACCUAGAUAGUGAGUACUUUGGAACGAUCUACAUCGGGACACCACCCCAGGAGUUCACGGUGGUAUUUGACACAGGCUCUUCGGAACUCUGGGUGCCGUCUGUCUACUGUAGCAGCAGAGUCUGCCAAAACCAUCACCGCUUUGACCCAUCCAAGUCGUUCACCUUCCAGAACCUGAGCAAGCCCCUGUUUGUCCAGUAUGGCACUGGCAGAAUGCAGGGCUUCCUGGGCUAUGACACUGUCACAAUCUCUGAUAUUGUAGUUCCCCACCAGACUGUGGGCCUGAGUACUCAGGAGCCGGGUGAAAUCUUCAUCUACUCUCCAUUCGAUGGCAUCCUGGGGCUGUCCUACCCUUCUCUUGCUUCCAAGUAUUCAGUACCCAUAUUUGACAACAUGAUGAAUAGGCACCUGGUUGCCCAGGACCUGUUCUCCGUUUACAUGAGCAGGAAUGACCAGGGGAGCAUGCUCACGCUGGGGGCCAUCGAUCAGUCCUAUUUCGUAGGCUCACUGCACUGGGUGCCUGUGACUGUGCAGGGUUAUUGGCAGUUCACAGUGGACAGGAUCACAAUCAAUGAUGAAGUGGUGGCUUGUCAAGGUGGCUGCACAGCUGUUCUGGACACAGGCACUGCCCUGCUGGCAGGGCCUGGCAGAGACAUCCUCAAUAUCCAGCAGGCCAUUGGGGCUGUGCAGGGCCAGUAUGGCCAGUUUAAAAUCAACUGCUGGAGGUUGGGCAUCAUGCCCACAAUUGUCUUUGAGAUCCAUGGCAGGAAGUUCCCACUGCCACCCUCGGCCUAUACCAACCAAGAACUGGACUCCUGCUCCAGUGGCUUCAAGCUUGGUUCCCACAUAUGGAUCCUGGGGGAUGUUUUCAUUCGGGAGUUCUACAGUGUCUUUGACAGGGCCAACAAUCGAGUUGGGCUGGCCAAGGCUAUCUGAUUAUACAACUACACUAGACCAUAUUUUCCCUAAACCCGCCCCCCGCCACCACACUCAACUUGUUAAGUGGAAA